GAUAACUCAGGUGAGUGAAAGUCGCGCGGGGGUGACACCGCCCGUACGGAGUGCGGCAUUGCCCAAAACGAGCAGCCUCCGUCGCUCAGUCCGUUCCCUCCUCGGAAGAAAUUUACGACACACAACAAACAAGUAAAUCGUUUACUGUGACAACGAUAAAGAACACAGCGCUGUGACCGCGUGAACGUUCGCCCUGACAGUGCGCCACACUGACGCGAGGACGGGUGAACACGUUAAUCUGUGUCUGUGGAAGGUGGCGGUGAAACAAGAUGGAGAACUGCAGCUUCCAGAGCCAGCUGCUGUCCGUCAUGGAGGUCCUGGCCAAGGCGGCUGUGGCGGAGAUAAACCGGCGCGUGGACGACAGCUGCGCGGUGCUGCGUCUGGAGGUGAGCCAGAGUCAGAGGGACAUCGAGCUGCUCAAGAGCAAGUGUGAGACGAUGGAGGCAGAGCUGAGGAGGAGCAGGGUGAGGAGGGCCCGGAGGAGCAGAGUGGUUGACCCUCCAGCAGCUGACAGGUUUCCUCUUUUAGUCAAAGUAGUUUUGAACAAAGAGAGACAGAGCGCAGACUGGGACAGACACAUGCAGGCUGAGGCUCCAGAUCAACUACAGCAGUGUGCAGAUGUGGAGCCCACAAAUGAGGGUGAGCACGUACAGAUCAAAGAGGAGUGUGCAGAGGAUGACGUGUGGAGGAAGAACUCUGAGAACAAACUGAGUGAUUCAUCACCAGCUGCGCAGACUGAUAACUUCAUGGACUGUUACUCCGGAGCUGAAGAGCCGGCAGACCCAGACUCUCUCGUUUCCCUGACAGCCGACUCCAACAACAGUUUGCCUGAGCACAAGCAGCUGAACACAAACCAAAAUGAGAUCGAACUCAUAGUGAAACACGAGACAGAGGAAGAGCCUGAUGAAAACGCAGCUCUGACGGAGGCGGAUCAAAAGUCUGCGACAGGGGAAGGUGAUGAUCAGUUGUGGUUGUCCAGUCUGUGCAGAGACGCCAGUGAUCCAAGCUUCAUCUAUGACGGGCAGCAGUUUGAGCAGAGUCCCACCGGGUUCACACCUCAAAGUGGACUGCAUUUAGAUGAUACGACAAAACCACAUUCUGUAUUGGUGAACUCUGCCCAAGUGAAAAGACCAGUUAGAACAUUCAGAUGUAAGAGACCAAACGCAGAUGAAGAACUCGCCGCUUUGUCUCAGCUCAACUCCACAGAACAAAGCUCGAUUCCUGAACAGUCACAGCAUCACUACAGAGACUUUGCUCCUCCCGUGAUGGUGCCAAAUCCAGCGCCCUCCUCCCUCUGCGGGCACAACCGCAGCGGGUUUAGCUUUGUGAGAAGGAUGAGGGCGCCGUGGAGGUCCGGCAUCGGUGAGAAGAGGUUCAGCUGCACGUAUUGCGAUAAAAGCUUCAUGCGCUUCAGUCAGCUCAAAGAGCACCUAAGGAGCCACACGGGGGAGAAGCCGUUCAGCUGCCUGCAGUGCGGCCGCAGCUUCACAAAGCAGUGCAACCUCAUCAGACACGCGGUGGUCCACAGUGGGGAGAAACCCUACAAGUGCUCGCUGUGCGGGAAGUGCUUCACCCAGCGCUCCAGCCUCAAAUCCCAUCAGAAAACUGCACACUGACUUUUGACUGAAAGAAACAUUCCUUGUUUUCACAGGAGCUGGGAAUAUAUUGAUAAAAUUGUUUUUAAUAUAUUGUAAUUUAUAUUGUUUGUUUAUAGUGUUUUCCAGACCUGGACCUGGUUUGGAAUAGAUUCCGACCCAUAUAGCUUUUUGGAACUGGUAUCGAACACAAAUUUUGGGUCGCUUUUGGGAAGAUUUUUACACAUACAGUGGCUCAGGCAUCUGGUUAGGACGCUUCCCUGGUGAGAUUAUCUGGGCAUGUGCCACUGGGAGACCCAGGCCUCGCUGGAAAGACUGUCUCUCAGCUGGUCUGGGAACGCCUCAGGAUUCCCCCCAGAAAAACUGGACGUAGUGGUCAGGGAGAGGGAAGUCUGAGCUUCUCUGCUAAAGCUGCUGCCCCUACGACCCGACCUCGGAUAAACGGUAGAAGAAAAAUGGAUGGGCGGACACUGGCAGAUAUAAAUAAGCACAUAUAAACUCUGUUCUGCUGUGUGUUUUUUCUGUUUACCUAGUAGCAGUGAACUGUGAGUUUGGAUAAAUGACACAGAUGUCUUCACCCAAUAUUAAAUAUUUUGCAUCGCCA